GCCACUGGGUCAGCUGUGUCAGACUUGGUGGAAUUACAGUAGAUUAGAUUUUUUUUUUUGGGGUUGUAAAGGGUGGUUUUGCCAAGGCAGCCAUGGGAGAUCCCCGUAAUUAUGGAGGGAGAGCCCUGCACCUUGUGCCGCGGUUUGAGGGGACCGGAUCUGAUCUUUUGGUGGAUGGGCGGUUGUGGUUCGUUGAUAUCCAUCCUGAUAAGCCAUGGGUUCUACUGACACCGCACAAUGGGAACUCGCUUCAAGUGUGGGACUACGAAAUCGAAACCCGGGUUGCCGCAUUUCUCAUGCCCGACGUAGGCGAUGCCAAGGAAGCGAGAUUCGUACCGCAGAAGGAGUGGAUUGUGGUGAGACGUCAGCGUAGCUUCCACGUAUACGACAUGCAGGGUGGGAAGUUUUCGUGCGUGAAAGUACUCAGACCGCCUCGUAGUCAUGGGCAUGCGCACGGACUGGCGGUCCAUGGCAGCUCAUGUUAUGUACUUACUUCUUUCAGCGACGGAACGAUAAUUUCAUGGGACUGGAAAAAAAACUGGUCGAAGACGGCAUUCGAAGGCCACUCUGCCGCCGUGACAAAGUUGAUCUUUCAUCCAACAGAUCCACACAUCUUUGCCAGUGCCUCCCGGGACCUCACCGCAAAGAUUUGGACCGCAGCGACAGUCACUGCGGAAAUGUCGCCGCGGCAAACUCUUCAGGACAAGGACGUGGACAUGGAGAGAAUCAGGACCAUGGAAUUUUGUGCUGGACUGAGGAAGUCGCUUCUCAUCACCGGUCAUUGCGGAGGUGCAGUACGGGUCUGGGAUUAUAAGAAGGGCUCCUGCGUAGCCAGAUUUAGAGGGCAUGCUGCGGACGUCGCUGCGGCGUUCUUCCAUCCGCGCUUGCCGUACAUCUUUACGGCAUCGCGCACCGGAGAAAUUGCAGUUUGGAGCGAGUCGAGGUACGAGCUGCUGUCGUCGCAUCACAGCGGAAUGGAUGUCCUCGAGAGCAUGAUCUCUUGCCGACACUCUAACUUUCUCUUUCUUGGUGGUAAACGAGAGUUCAUGAUUGUGAAGAUGACCGUGAGAAGAGACGGAAACGAGAGCGAGUCGGAUGCUGCAGAUGGGAUCGAGACCCGUACGACUUCGAGUAGACGCAUCGGGGACCCGAAACCGGUGCGGCCCGUAAAUGGGAGAGGUCCUGGACAUGAAGAUAACUUCUUCACCUUGGACCAGCAGGAAAGGAGUGGAGAAGAAGAGGACGACGGCGAAGAAAGGGCGCAACGGGGAUCGUCUUCCUCAGAAGGCGGGACCCGGAAUGAGGCGGCGAUCGGCGUUGAAGUUACGUGUGACCCUCCUCCACCAUCCGCUCAUCGAAAGAAGACUGAGAGGUCGGCGGAAGAUGACCCAGUGCAGGCCAGGAUAAAGUUUGAAAAAAAAAUCGAGGAGCAGGUGAUCAACGUGGAGCUAAAGUGCAUGAGAGCGCUUGCCGAUUUGAGAUCAGAGCAUCAGCGAAAGGAGAGCACCCAAGCAGAGAGAGUUCACCAGCUGGAGGCAGAGAGGGUAGCCCUGGAAGACAGGCUUGAAAAGUUGAAGCUAAGGAUCAAGGAGCUGAACCCAGAUGAAGACCUGGAGCAAAUUGACUGCUCAGAAGAAGAGGUCGCCGCACAGGAAGUCGUCGAAAUCUGCGAGUAUUCCACCAAGGAGGUUCAGGAUGCAACAAACAACUUCGACGUGGAGCGGAAGAUUUCCAGCAGCGAUCAUCGCGAAGACGCUUAUCGGGGCAAGCUGUACGACGGUACUCCUGUUAUGGUGAAGAGGAUAGAGAUCGGAACGACUGCUUCGGGUUAUGGGAUUCAUGGUGCCAAGUUCAGAACAGAGGUGAUUGACCAGUUGAGACGGCUGCAGCAUCCACAUUUGUUGAAGUUGUUGGGAGUCUGCUACGAAGAGAACUGUCUGGUAUUUGAGGAUGCGGAAAAUGGGAGUUUGAAGGAGUGGAUGAUGACAGGAGAGAAGUGUGGCACUAGAGGUUGUCUGUCGUGGCAAGUUCGUUUGCGCGUUAUGGUGGAGGUUGCACGAGCCGUGAAGUACUUGCACUCUACUACGAAGCGGAUGGCAGAUGCCGGUCCCGUCAUCCAUCGUGCCAUCCGACCUGGAACCAUUCUCCUCGAUAAAGACUUUGUGGCGAAGGUCAGCGGUGUUGACGAGGCGCUGCUGGCGUCAGCAGUACCUCCACUGCCUGAGGAUCAAACAGCAGGACCGACCAUUCGCCUAGUUGUGGGAUGCGACUCCCAAUACGUUGCGCCCGAAUAUUUUCGAACGGGAGUUUUCACGGAGAAGACUGAUAUCUAUGCAUUCGGCAUCACUGUGUUGGAGAUGUUGACCGGACAGUGGGGGGAUGCAUUGGGGAUCAUCGAAGACGUGGCUAUGGAAGAUGACGCAACUUUCAGAAACGCUCUCGAUCAGGACGCGGGAAGUUGGGACGUAGAGCUGGCCAGGGAGGUGGCGAGACUGGGUCUGAGCUGCACGACGUCAGACUGGCGCAAUCGGCCAGCCACUGCAGUUGGAAUCCUACCUGUGCUAGAGAAAGUUGCUGGCAAGGCCACGGAGCUCGCAGACAAGGCCACGGAGAUCGCACACUCAUCAGGAGAUGCAGAAGGAGAGGGAACGAGUCCAGAGAGGGGAGCUUCCAAGGAGGUGCUCGCCGACUCUCCUCGGGAUGUUGACGGAAAUGGAAGGAGUCUGGAGGAAGUUGCUUGCCGGGAAGAUCUCGCAGGCUCACCUCGAGACAUGGAAGGAGACGGAACGAGUCGUGAGGAAGCUGCCCAGAGGGCAGAUUUCGACGAGUCGCGAGCGGACAUCGACUCAGAAGGAAAGGGAACGAGUCGGGAGCACAUUGAUUGCAAGGAAGACUCGCCCAUGGGAGACAUCAUCACACGAGAAGUCGAUUGGGAGGACGAGCUGACAGAUUCACCUGCAGACUUCGAACGAGAGGGAACGAGUCCGGAGGAAGCUGCUCAGAAGCCAGGCCUUGAGGACUCGCUAGAAGAUGUACUCGAUGAAAAGGGGACAAGUCUGGAGGAAGUUGAUUGCAAGGAAGAGGUCACAGAUCUUCCUGAUACAGACGUUGACGGAAAGGGAAUGGGGCUGGAGGAGGAAGUCGAUUGUGGGGAAAAGCUCAUGGAUUCACCUGCGGACGUCGAAGGAGAGGAAACAAGUCCAGAGGAAGUGGCUCACAAGGCAGAAUCUGAACCUGGUCUUAAAGACUCCACAGAGACUGCGUUGUGUUGGUUGCAAUGGUCGGAAAUAAUGCGCUCUGCGGCGAAGCUAGCGUUUAGGGUGGAAAUAGGGCAUAACAACGGUGUAGAUGGUGGUUCUACAACGGUGAAUCCCUCGUCUCUAUUCGUUUGGAUUUCUCCUCCAGGGAGAGGUCGGAAGAGUUCGAAUGAUGGGGAAAAAAGACUCAACAACAGGUCGAAACUAUACCGCGACAAGCCGUGGGCGCUCAACAAGGUCGGAGGGACCAACGAGGCCGGAUGGGGUGCUGCUGUGUUUUUGACAGAGGACGAAGGGACGACCUGGUACUGUUGUGGUGGCAUCAUCAUGUCCGAAAUUGACAAGGCCACAACGGAGAAGGGCAAGGUCAACGAGCGAGACUUGAGGAAGUUCUUUCUCACAACGGUGUACGAUUAUCAGGGUAACGACUGGGUCAAGACUGACCAAAAGGUCAGCCUCGACCUUGCUCUGUUCAAGGGGUAUGUUCAGAAGGCAUUCGCUAUGAAAUCCUUCGGCGGCAAGGGAGAUGGCAAUGCGUUUAGGAUGCUCUUACCCGUCGAGUUUCUGAACAGGACCAACGGGUAUAGAAAAAGUGGUCAAUACCUGACGGUCGGGGCUGGUCACCAGCUCACGAUGCCUCUUGUGCCGUUCGACGCUACUGUCGAAGGUCUCGCAAGCUUAUCAACGUGCUCUAGCGAUCGGCGACAGGUUGUGUCAACACCGCAACAACGUUCUAGUGGGAAGGAUACACUUAUUACUUACUCAAGGCGUUCGACGGGGGGGUCAUCAGGAAAGCCCCCCGAGAGGAAGGAGAUUACCAGACGUCCUUCGAAGCUUCUAGAAACUUCUCGUGCUGGUGCCAGCUCGCGCUCACGGGACACCCCGCAACAUGAAUUCGACCAGGAGUCGGACGAAGAAAUGGAGGAAGACGACCGGGCUCGUCAAUUGGAUGCACAGUUCUUAGCGACGCCUGGGCACAUCCGGGGCGAAGGCUCUUGUGAUGUGAAUGUGGGGCGGGAAGCUGGUGGAGGUGUCGAAACCUGGUUGAGGGACGAUGGAGAAGAUGACGAAGUUGAAGGGGAGUGUGGUAGUGGCGAGCAACGAGAACACAUUGAAGGUGGGGCAACCCAUUGCGAUGGAACGGCGGAGCAUAUGGAGUGGGAAAGAGGUGCGGUCAGCGGUGGGAUGGGUGAUGACGGUUUGCAUGGUGAGGAAAUGGAAUACGAGGAAUUGGAGGAUGAAGGAGGAGAUGUCGUUGUUUCCGCGGGGCUAACUUCCAAGGGGACGGGAAAACGCCCUGCAAAAGCGUCGCCGACGCCAGCUGCGCCUAAGAAGCAGGCUAGAAGGAAAGUUGUGGACGAAGCUCGGGUCGCCUUCAACGCCUUGGAUGCAUCUCAAGGGACGCUUGGUGAACCCAAUGUGAAACGCAAACCAAGUGGUCGGCUUCGCAAAACUUUGCAACCUAAGAAGGCCAUGCGGUCAUCAACGCGCCAAAAAUCGGACGACUCCAGCGACGACGCUGAAGGGGUGGCCCCUCGCUUGCUCUCCAUCCCUGACGACGAUGAACAGGAGACGAAGAAACCGUGUGCGAUUAACAUGACGCAGUGCUACUUCCUCGAGUACGAUGAGGAGGGCAAAAAGAGAAGAGACCCGCCCACGGUGGUAAUUGACGUCAUGCAGAUUCUUCCAAUUCCGGAGGGAGAUAUCGUCUUCAAUCAGCGAUCACUGAACCUGACCAUCGUUGCAGGCCUCGAUGCGGCAAUUAAGACAUCAACUGGUCCAAGGGGCGAGGAUGAUCCUGCUCUGUGGGAACCACCUGAGUUGGUGUUGGCUUCGAUUAUGCCAUCGCAGGAGCAUCCAGACAGCCAAGGAACACAAGUCUUUCCAAAGGACUUCGAUCCCGAUUGGGCAGACAAGUGCUUCUAUUACCCAGUCGUCGGCCAACAUACUGCCGAAGCCAUAAAAAGAGCAGUGCAAAGGAGAUCCGCAGCAGUGGAUGUUUUCGGCUUUCGGAACUAUGAUCGUGUACGGAUCAUUUAUUUCGACGACGACCACACGAACGGGUAUGUGUAUGUGUCGACAUACGACAACACGAGAGGGGAUGUACCCAUUCGUAGAAGGGGAUUCUUGUGGAGUACUAUCACCAUCGCCUCCACCUCGGACAGCCACCCGGGUGCACGGCUUCUUCAGGACUGGCACAGUGGCACUGCGUCAUGGGAGACGGAACCAGUACCGGACGCGAUUCCCACUUCGCUUCGACGCAUGGCGACGGAACCAGUACCGGACGCGAUUCCCCCUUCGCUUCAGGACGGUCCCAUCUCCAUCCUGUUGUCCCAUGACUCCCAUGAUUACCAGGCUCACUGUCGGUCGGAUAUCAGGAACCUCGUGGUUUCUGAGCCACGAAAUGAGAUUUACUAUGUCCUGCACCAGUACUGCAUCACAGACGAUGGGGCGCUCAAUAAUUCGAUGAUGUCGAUUAGAAAAGCCUACUUAUCGGCGUACCGAGAUCAACCGAGUGAAGAAGGCGUAAUCACUUACAUGUGGCCCUACGACCAGCCAAACGGGGUGGGCAAUUUAUAUUAUUCGUCACAAGGGAGUGCAACUUGGACCACCACUGUUGAUGAUUCGGGACGUCCACUUCAAGGGCCGACAUCCGUACUCGAUGUUUUUGCCUAUGGUGUGAGGUUCCAAUCUCAAAGCCUUGUGUCGGACGGCAGUUGCCUGUACUCUCUGGAUACCGAAGGCGGGCUUUUAGGGAUUGAUCCCGGUAUCGGUCUCCCGUUCUCCGCUGAAGUAACCCCGAUAUCUCGUGCUUAUACGGCCCUGACGCCGAAUGACAUUAUGGUAGUCUCCACGCGAGAAGGAUGUAACGUGUUCUCCGCCGUAGGAAAUGCCGUUCAUAUCCAUGUUGUGGUCCCGCCCUGCAAUUACACGUUCAGAGAGCUUGGAGCCAUAACGUAUUCCGAAAAGUCGGGGCAGGAGCCGCUGGGACUGGCUCUUUACGAUGACGGUGUCAAGUUAACCCUGUAUACUGGAAGCAUGCACGGCAGAUUGUUUCGGGUUCCGCUGAGCAGGUCGGAGCUGCGGGGUUGUAAAGGCCCCCCUAAUACCCCUAUUGAUGUCAACCUGCAGGCCGCACCCCGUACUGUCAUAGACCAGCCGGCCGCACCCCCUACUGACAUCAAACGACUGGCCAUGAUCCUGGGUGGGACCGGGGGGGGACUGAUACUUGCGUCAAUCGUUGCCACCUUGAUUUGGGCUCGGUGGGGCAGAAAGAAGCCUCACAGUCAAGCUCGCAGGCAGGAGGGCUACAGUGCUUUGCCCAUGUUGCGACUGAGGCCCUCGCGCGUAGAGCAGUUCGAUCUGAAAACCCUGUCGGAUUGCACGGACGGUUUCAGUGAGACCCAUCAAAUCGGGGACAGCGGGGCCUUUGGGAAAGUCUUCAGGGGUUUGCUUGACGGCAAGGAGGUGGCAAUCAAGGUGAUGACCGGUGAGCUGACGGCCGUCAAAAGCAACCAGUUCAUGGCAGAGGUGAACACUCUCAGCACAGUUAAUCACGUUAAUCUUAUCCACCUCAUCGGGUACUGCCAGGAGGGCAGUCAGUGCAUCUUGGUGUACCCCUACUUCCAAGGCGGCUUCUUGCACGACCGGCUGUUUCCCAACUCUGAUAAGCUGGGGGGUCUCCCGGGGGAUUCUCGUCCGCCGCCGCUCACUCUGCAGGAGCGCAUGAGCAUAGCCUUCCAGGUUGCCAAGGGGCUGGCGUACCUCCACGACGACGCCAAGCCCCCCAUCAUCCAUCAGGACAUCAAGAGCAACAACAUCCUCCUUGGAGAUGUCUGCGGGGGGACCCUCCACGUAGUUGUUGCUGAUUUCGGACUGGCAGCCAUGGGGGAAAGGGUGCUAGGCACCGGACACGAGCAGAUUGUGCGCACAUUGCACAUAGGCGGCACGUUUGGGUACAUGUCCCCAGAGUACAUGCUGAGAGGCGAGCUGUCUGAGAAGAAUGAUGUGUACUCAUUUGGGGUUCUUGCAUUGGAGCUGCUGACGGGAAGAAAGGUGGUCACUCGGGCGCCGUCAGGGUUGGGCUGGCAGACACUUGUGGAGUGGGUGAGGCCUUUCUUGCAAGGUGGAGUUGAAAAUGCCCGACAGCUGGGUUCCCAUAUGCCGCACCACCCGAGCGCGAUUCUCGAUCCCUGCUUGUGGGAUCAGAUGGCCAGAGAUUCCACAGAAAAGAUGGUGAAGAGCGCUUUCAGAUUGGCUUGGGAAUGUGUCCAUGAGGAGGACAAGUUCAGGCCCGCCAUGCGGGCAAUUGUACAGCGCAUUCACAGCAUGUUUCUCGAUGUAGGUUGGGACUUCUUGACCAGGACCAUGGACAUGGAGAACCUUCUGGCCACGGCAGAGGCAGAGGAUGACGUCCCGGGGAAGGAGGAUGACCACUCUCAAAAGAGUCUGGAUACGUAUGAUGUUCUGCUAGGCAUUCCGUGGCAGGCGGCGGUCGGAGAGCGAAUGCACUUUGACAGCUGUAAGGUGGUGCUCACAUUGGCCCACCCCAAACCACAAACGAUACCAAUGAGAUUGGUGGUUCGGGCUUUUCUAGGGCUGACAUCCUAUUACCAACGCUUCAUCAAGGGGUUCGCCGGUGUAGCGAAGCCCCUAACGAACCUGCUGAAGAAAGAGGAGCAGCUGAUCUGGACGCCGAAAUGCGAAGCGGCGUUUCAGGCGUUGAAGGAGGCUCUGACAUCUGCUCCUGUGUUGGCGCGUCCCGACCCGACAAGACCGUUCGCACUAUACAACUGGCAGCCGCAGGCGAUAUCGGCGGUGCUGACUCAGCACAGGGUGGACGGAAGGGAACACGUCAUUGAGUAUGCGUCCAAGACACUGAGCCAGGCGCAGGCUAAUUACGAAGCGUGCAAAGGCGAAUGCCUGGCAGUGGUGUGGGGGAUUCAUCAUUUUCGACUGUAUCUCUACGGCCAGAAAUUCAUGCUGGUAACGGAUCAUCAGCCGCUGCUGUCCCUACUCAACAACGCGGAUUACACGGGGACCCUGGGAAGGUGGACGACCUUGCCUCGUAGGAUGAACCAUCGCCAACAGGAGCAUGAACUGCUCGAGCACUUCCAGCCGCCCAUCUCGGACGCUCUUCUCCGGAACCAGUUCAACGACGAUCGGCAGCUGCGCUUUGACAUUGAGCAAGUGAACGUGUCGGCUCCUAGCGUUGCUGACUUGGCGGUGUACUCGCUCCUUGCACAGCGGGUGACGUACGCGGGCGUCUAUGUGUACAUAUCGCCCGUGCCUGGUCAGGAAUCCACGCGAGUGUUCAUCGAGUUCCGAGCCAUCCAGGUGGCUACGAACUUUAUGCACAGCAUCGCUACUUUCACCGGGGAUUUAACCGUCUUGCCUGGACACGAUCAGGAGCCGGCGUACAGGUUCUUGCGCGAUUACGCCCUCCAGUUGCCGCCCGCUGACAAGGACGCGUGGGAGCUGCAUCGGGCGCUGUAUUCGUCGGUGGUGCUAGGCAUGUUUACAUUUUUCGUGGAGCACGAAGUUCAUAACGUCGGCGAGUUCCGCUACGUAUACUACGUGAUCGCCAAGCCGAAGCCGGAGCGGAAGGAGGGAACAAUGGCGCUUUACCCUUUUGGGAGAAUCGGAACGAAUCGCCCGGGGCUCUUACAACUCAUUCACAUCGAGUUGCUGUCCAUCGUGCAGGUAAUCGCCGCAGAAGAAGAAGACUUGCAUCUCAGACUGCGGACCGCCUCAGCCCCGUGCAGAGCGUAUAACGCGGCGGUGAUACCUGACUACCUGGCGCGUGAGGGGGAGUCCGUGGUGGACUUCGGGCACGAAGAUGAGCCGCUGCGGCCUCCAUCAUCGUAUCCAAAGUCGGCGGCCCUGAAGGCACCGAGAAAGAGAACCGUCCUGAAGCGGCGACGAAGUCCAUCGCCGAAAGCUUAGGCCAGUCGAGUGGGGCCUGUCGAGGAGGUCGUCCAGCCUGCGCCGGUGCGCAAAGUCGAUCCGGUUCGCGAGAAAAGAGCCACA